CCGGCGGGAUUGGGUCGGCGGGGGGCCAGCCCGGAAGCCAGCUUUCUCUAGGCUCCCCCGCCAAUCCGCCCCGCAGUCAGGCAGCUUGAGCGUUUGUUCUGUGCUUCCCUGCCGAGAUGUGAGGGAUUUUCUCUUGGGAAGAAAUCGGUGGUCGAGUGCUUGCCUAGCUCAAAUGCCACCCAACCCAGAGCAAGGCCUGAGGCCCAGGGAUCCUGGAGGGAGAGUAAGUUCAAGAGACCCCGUCUAUUGGGCAUUCUACAGAGGCGAUCUUGCUGCUGUGGGGCCUCUCUAUCUGGGAAGGAGUGUGUGUGUUGAAGAGGAAGGAUUGCUUCUUUACCAGGACGUGGCUAGGGUCAGAGAGGAAAACCCUCCCCCAUUGGGAGAUAUGUGUUCUGACACCAAAGCUGGGUCGCUUCUGUUGGCAGCUGAGGUCUAGGGAGAAAGUGCUUCAAGCUGGUGAGAAGGAAAAGCUCCAGGAGAGGUUAGAAAGAGGCUCUACGGUGGUGGAUCUCAUUCACAAGCUCAUGGAAAGCAACGUCACACCUCCGGAGGACAGCCAGGAGGACUCUGGCUUUUGCUGAGCUGUGCAUCUUGCCUCCUUUCUUCCAAAGGCUUCAGACCCAAGCAUCACUCUCUUCGAGUAGUGUGCGCCCCGCGCCCCUGGCCAAGCAUCUCGCUGUCCCUUGAGCCCCAUCCAGUUGUAGAGCUCACCUCCAGGACCUGCCCUCCUGCUCAGAAUGACUCACCAUUAUUUCCAGCUCAAGUGAGAAGAUGUGACAGGGACUGAGCUGCCUAUUUGUGUAUCUGUGCCAUCGGAUCUGCUCUUCGAGGAAGGAUACCUCAGUCUCCUGCCUGGCCAGCCAGGUGGGGCUGUGUCUCCAACUCACAGAGGGCACUGGGCCUUUCCUGCAGGAGCACAGACUAAUGCUUCUGUGUUUCCUGGGGCCCAGUUACCAGCACCCUGAGUUCCCUGCUGCAGGCAGCUGGAAGGCAUAAAGUAAAGUACAGUCCUCAGCCCCAAUUAUGACAGUGGCUACCGGAGACCCGGUGGACGAGGCUGCUGCCCUCCCCGGGCACCCACAAGACACCUAUGACCCAGAGGCAGACCAUGAAUGCUGUGAGAGAGUGGUGAUCAACAUCUCAGGCCUGCGGUUCGAGACUCAGCUAAAGACCUUAGCCCAGUUCCCAGAGACCCUCUUAGGGGACCCCAAGAAACGGAUGAGGUACUUUGAUCCCCUCCGAAAUGAGUACUUCUUUGAUCGCAACCGCCCUAGCUUUGAUGCCAUUUUGUACUACUACCAGUCUGGGGGCAGGUUGAGGCGACCUGUGAAUGUGCCCUUAGAUAUCUUCUCGGAAGAAAUCCGGUUUUAUGAGCUAGGAGAGGAAGCAAUGGAGAUGUUCCGGGAGGAUGAAGGCUACAUCAAGGAAGAAGAGCGUCCUCUGCCUGAAAAUGAGUUUCAGAGACAGGUGUGGCUUCUCUUUGAAUACCCUGAGAGCUCGGGGCCUGCCAGGAUUAUAGCCAUUGUAUCUGUGAUGGUCAUUCUCAUCUCCAUCGUCAGCUUCUGUCUGGAAACCUUGCCCAUCUUCCGGGAUGAGAAUGAGGACAUGCAUGGUGGUGGGGUGACCUUCCACACUUAUUCCAACAGCACCAUCGGGUACCAGCAGUCCACCUCCUUCACCGACCCUUUCUUCAUUGUAGAGACUCUCUGCAUCAUCUGGUUCUCCUUUGAGUUUCUGGUUAGAUUCUUUGCCUGCCCCAGCAAAGCUGGCUUCUUCACCAACAUCAUGAACAUCAUUGACAUUGUGGCUAUCAUCCCUUACUUUAUCACCCUGGGGACAGAGUUAGCUGAGAAGCCAGAGGACGCCCAGCAAGGCCAGCAGGCCAUGUCACUGGCCAUUCUCCGUGUCAUCCGGUUGGUAAGAGUCUUCAGGAUUUUCAAGUUGUCCAGACACUCCAAAGGUCUGCAGAUUCUAGGUCAGACCCUCAAAGCUAGCAUGAGGGAAUUGGGCCUCCUGAUAUUCUUCCUCUUCAUUGGGGUCAUCCUCUUCUCUAGUGCUGUCUAUUUUGCAGAAGCCGAUGAGAGAGAUUCCCAGUUCCCCAGCAUCCCGGAUGCUUUCUGGUGGGCAGUCGUCUCCAUGACAACUGUAGGCUAUGGAGACAUGGUUCCAACUACCAUUGGGGGAAAGAUAGUGGGUUCUCUGUGUGCCAUUGCAGGUGUGCUAACCAUCGCCUUGCCGGUCCCUGUCAUAGUGUCUAAUUUCAACUACUUUUACCACCGGGAGACAGAGGGGGAGGAGCAGGCCCAGUACUUGCAAGUGACAAGCUGUCCAAAGAUCCCGUCCUCCCCUGACCUAAAGAAAAGUAGAAGUGCCUCUACCAUAAGUAAGUCUGAUUACAUGGAGAUACAGGAGGGCGUAAACAACAGUAAUGAGGACUUUAGAGAGGAGAACUUAAAAACAGCCAACUGUACCUUGGCUAACACAAACUACGUGAAUAUUACCAAAAUGUUAACUGAUGUCUGACUGAAACCUACUAAUGUACUCACAGCUCAACAGGACUGAUGCAGAUGUUGCAUAAUAGCCUGCAUUGUAGUCAGUGUUCUACAGUGUGCAUCUGGUUCUGCAUGGAAAGCAGUAGUUUGUGCAAGUGACUUUUGACCUUUUGAUUUUUGAUUUAGAACACAGAAUAUUUAUCAUGGCUUUCAUGAAAUCUUCAUCACCGACUUACAGGUUUCCAAAGAGGAGAGUCACCCUAUGGAGCCAGCAUCUCAGAAAGGCACAAUGCAGCCCCCUCACCCCCUCACACAGCCUACCAUGCCAACACCAUCCUAUCCUCCUACCUAAACACAAACACACCUGGGAGGUGCAUUCUCUCCACCCCACCACUACCACCCCAUUUCAGCCCAUCUGCCCCUUCACAGAGGAACAUACCAUCAUGGCUUGGUUCUAAAGUCUGGUGACUAUUCCGAAGGUCAUUCUUGGUUUUGCGUUGAUAAGAACACGCAGUCCUGUGUGUUGGAACUACUUUCUGUGUCCCAGGCUGGGGUUUGUGAGUUGCCAACUAGAUGCUCCGGAGGCUUAUGUUUCAUAACAGAAAAAAAAAAAAAAUGCUGCAUUCUGCCUUUUCUCUGCAGUGUCGAUGUGAGGGAAGCCCGGGGGUUGGGGGAGGGACAGUUAAUAUGACCAAAUAUGAAUUGUCAAGUUUCACAUUUGUUCCCUCAGGCCUAUGGGGAGAAGCUACCCAAUUCAGGGACUUCUCAGCUUCAGAUACCAUUUUGCAGGCUUCAGGGUCACAGAAUGUGUUUGAUUUCUUCUUUUACUCUGGAGUUUGCAAGACAUCAGCUUUCCUGGUGGUGUGGCCCAGCUCCACUGACACUGCAGUGGAGUAUACCAGUCAUGCAAUAGAGCUGCAUGGGUGUUCACUGCAUGAAUUUCAAUAUUUAAAACACAGGAGAUAACCUAUUUUCCUAGUAGCUGAUACAGUAUUCCUACUUAGAGUAUUAAUAGCCUUGGGAUGGAACUGAACUGGGUUUUUUUUUUCACAUCAAAAGGCAGAAGCCCUCCAUCAGGGUAAAACAAAUAGACUAUUUGGAAUGGGGAACCAAAACUUCUGGCUGGCCCUCUCAGCCUACCUCUGGUCUUUCACUGGGAGCACAGACGCUGCCACACCAGGGGAAUAAACAGAAAAGUCAGAGUGUAAACACUCACAUGACUGAACUUUGGGAAUUAAUCUAGUCGUGGGCAUGACUACACAGCUUACCAGGGUCCUGAGGACAGGCAGGUCUGUGAGUUCAAUGUAUAUAAAUAUAUAUCAGCUCUCUCUCUCUCUCUCUCUCUCUCUCUCUCUCUCUCUCUCUCUCUCUCUCUCUCUCUUUCUCAUGAGUUCCUCUAGCAAGCUAUAGAAAAAAAUUGCAUUUGAACAUUGUAUAUGCUUAUGCAAUCUCUUGACACAGGGCAAUUUAUGCAUGUGUUUGACUAUGUGCACUAGAAUAUAUAUAUACAUACACAAGUGUGUGUGUACGUACAUUAUACACACACACAUAUAUAUAUAUAUUCAUUCUCUGGAGUUCAGAUUCAGGAGCAAAUCUAUUGCUUGGUGGGUUGGUGGAGUAAGAAACCCAAUGGGUACGGUAAACUCACUGGGCCUGGGUUUGCUGUCAUUGCCUCAGACACGCUCCAGUGUUCAUGGAUUCCUAGACAUUAGAAUUGUCUUUCUGCCCUCCAUGUGCUGCAGCUUCAGUUUCCCAUGGCUGAAGCUUGUCUUACUGAGUGCACAAGGGUCCAAUAGCCUUCACAGCUCCAGCUAUCCUGGGCCAGGCCCACCCAGGCCUCCUCCCUAGAAUCCAUCCUAUUAAUCAUCUCCAUUAUUAUCCUCUGCCCCAUUUGAUUCUCUAUCAUUGGUUCUACAUCCAUCAUUUUCAUGAACCUGUCCAUAGGCGGAUCCUCUGCUUUGAAACCAAGGAGUAAAACUCCCUGGGACCAGAUUCUGCUGAUCUAGACUUAAAGGAAGCCUCCUGUUGGUGGAAAUUUCCUAAUUCCAGAACCGAGGGAUGGAUUCCCUAAAUGGCCCAAAGCAUCAUUUUGAUUACUAAACUCAGACUCUCUCCCUAGCAUAUGGUAAUGAGAGUUACCCUUAAAAAAAAAAAAAGAAAGAAAGAAAGAAAAGAAAAAGAAGAAGAAGAAGAAGAAGGAUGGGUAAAGAAUUAAUCCUCACCCCAAGAACAAGUAAAGAAUGGAUAAGCACUGUGCAGCCUUGAAGUAGAGAAUGUGAUGUGUUGGCCCUAGGAAGAGAGUGGGGAAAGCCUUUGCCUCCUCGUGCUGGGUUUCUUUGCCUUUUGACACAGUGGCUUAAAUUCUCACAAACACAAUGAACUGUGGUCAGGCUGUUCAGUAUUGAUUCCAGCCUAGGUCUUGCUGUUCACUAGAUGGUACCUACAGUUGUCUUUGGGGAGGGGGCACCAGCUCAGGGUGCUAUCCCAGGGUGCUCAUUAGUUCCUGGUCACCCAUAUCCCCAGGUGACUGCAGGGCAUCCCAUGCCAGGCACAAAGCCUCUGUGCUUCUCUUCUUCUCCUUUGUGGGAGGUGGUGCUGAAUUUCAUGACAUGGGGUGGAAGGGACAAACUUGGGAGCAUAGAAGGUUAAAGCAUACAUAAGGUCUAGACCAAGGGAAGUUAGCAAUUCACAAAAACCUUGGCCUGGGAACCAUAAAAUGUCCACACCCAUGGGCGCACAUGCAUCAUAAAACAAAUGAUAGAUUAUUGUCACAUACAAAUAUAGAAUACACAGCACACAUGCAAAAUGCACACCGGCCAAAAUAAUACGAGGCAUAGUCAGAAAAGAUAGACAAAACAUGUAUUAUACCGCCUAAACAUGCAUUGUGCAUACCAACAUAGAAUAUCUGCAAGAGAUAUAUUUGCCCCAUGUGCAAAUGCACAGCAUGCAACUCAGAUGCAAAAUAUACGAAUCCAACUGGGGGACAAUGGAUGUACAUGCAAAUUAUGUAAGUGAUGCUUUGUUAUUGUUUCUGCACACAAGUUCAGCAUAUAUACACAGUGCACCAAACUAUACUAGGUACACCAAA